AAAUGUGAGAGGCACACUGUAGGGGCCAGACGCGCUGCGAUAAUUAGCUGUUAUAAUAACGGGAAUAAUCGGAUUAUGAAGAUUUGAGGAGGCGAAAUCGUCAGAAUACGUCAUUCAAGCGAGGAAUUAAGUUAGGGGUCUUCACUCAACUGGUCGCCGUUAUGGGGAUAGACCGGCGCCGGAGAGCAUCGUUGGCUCUCACGUUUAACUUCCUCGCUUCGCUACUGGCAGUGUUGGCUCUCACCACCAGCUACUGGUGCGACGGGACGCGGAAAGUGGUCAAGCCGUUCUGCAGGGGCCCGGUGACUACCAAGCAGUCGUUCUGCAUCAGGUUCAACAGCUCCAACAUCAACGAUACGCGGCUGGUGCAGUACAUCUGGGAGACCGGGGAGGAUAAGUAUGUGAUGAGGAAGUUUCACACCGGCAUCUGGUUCUCCUGCGAGCAGAACAUUAACAUGAUCGGUGAAAAAUGCAGAAGUUUCCUUUAUGUUGCACCUUCAAAUGAAAGAGGAGUGCUGUGGCUGUCCAUUGUUGCAGAGUGCCUGUACAUCCUCCUGCUGGCCACCGGAGGAAUUCUCAUGUCCAUAGAGAUGUGUCAAUUUGGCAAUGUCAUUGACGGUCUCAAGCUUAAUGCCUUCGCUGCCAUAUUCACUGUGCUUUCAGGUCUGUUGGGUAUGGUGGCCCACAUGAUGUUCACCACAGCUUUCCAGCUGACUGUUAGUCUGGGCCCAGAGGAUUGGAAACCUCAAACAUGGGACUACAGCUGGUCAUACAUUUUGGCAUGGAGCUCCUUCACAGCCUGCAUGGCAUCCUCUGUUACCACCAUCAACCGCUACACCAAAACCAUCCUGGAGUUCAAGCACAAGCGCAGGAACAUUGAGAAGAACCUGAAGAUCAAGCAGAACCUGCUGGAACUGGACUCUCCGGAGCAGGUGUGGGACAUGUACAUCAGCUCUGUGCCAAGCACUGCCGAGGAGUUGCUAGAUCUGUCAUCCAAUGGUCGCAAACUCUCCAACACCUCCAUCUUUCUGGAGCUCAACAACCUGCCCGACCCACAGGGAGAGGAGCACUGCUAGAGGAGCAGCGUGUAGCAUUUUUAAACAUCAGCAGGUCAUUGUCAUGUUAAAUGUAGUACAAUAAUAUAAUUGCUGUAAACUAAAUGUGACCAUGGUUGAGAG